GCAGACUGUCAUUCUGAUCGUGGCACGGCUAGAGGCUCCACGAGGGAAACUUGAAACAAAUAGACAGAGUGCUAUAUCCAACAUGAGAGGCGACGUUUAUUUACAAUGCUUGUUCGUGCUGCUUUGCGUGGGGGGUUUACAUGCGCAAUCCACUAUUACAGACAAUAAUUUGGGAAACGUCCAAGCCAUUAUUUUGGCUUUGAAUGCUUCCUCUGACGUUAUCACAGCUACGCUACCCGACUUUCAUCACUACACUUAUGAUGGUUCGUCCACAUCCAUUAGCGAUGGUGGUGGCGAUAUGUAUGACGGUGGUAAUGAGGUCCAGGUGUUAAACGGUUUCGACGUCGUUACAGUUACUUAUGGCUUCAACGAUACGUUUGGGAAUGACGAGUAUCAAGCAGCAAAUAUUCCUGGGCAUCCAUUCCAACUAGGAAUAUGGAUCGGCAAUGAAAGGCGAAAUCUGAAUACACUUCAGAUUAGAGUGACUUCAAAUUUUGGAGCAGAUGGCAGCGGGUCAGCAACAACACAGUCCGGUAACGUAGAACUUGGAAAUUUCCAACUCACCUACAAGGCUAGGCAGAUCUAUAAUGCCGGUGACCCCAGUGUUUUAGAAGUGUAUUACGUCGUUAAUAACACCCAGCAAUGGUCCUCUAAUACCGAAUGGUCGUUUACACUUACUGUUAGAUCUAGCGGAACUCAAAAUGGUCAAAACACAGCCAUGCUUAGCAGCAUGAGCAACGUUUUCUUCGGCUAUACUUUAUUGUCAGCGAGAAAUGGUCGGUUCACAUCAGAUACAGAACUUGCUGCUGUAAUGAGAGAAUAUCUUCAAAUCAUUUCUAAUAUCUCAGUAUCCCAUUCUCAAGUGCAGCAAUCAUUGAAAGCGAUUUCAAACUACAGUGAGCAAAUCACAUGUCAAGUUCCAAACUUCUACAAAUACAACUACGACUCAGUGAAUCAAAUUAGUGAUGGUGGCUUCGAUAUGUAUGAUGGUGGAAACCAGAUUUACUUUGGCAAAGGGCAACAGUUGGUCAGAGCAAGUUACAACCAAACUUUCAGUUUCCAAGAUUACACAUUUUCAACAUUGGCUACUUACCCAUUCACUGCACUGAUGUGGGUUGAUGGGAAUACUGAUGGACAGAAUUACACCAUUGAGGUUCGAUCAAACGCUGGUGCGGAUGGUGCUGGAAGAACAGCAAGAAAUUCUGGUUGGUUGUAUCCAAAUGGUUACAUCAUUCAUUUUGAAUCAUUUCAAAUCUACGGCACACAAGACCCAACUAUUUGUGAAGUUUAUUUCCAAAUAGAGAACAAUGAUUGGGGUUCAAAUUUCCGCUCAAGGGUCAUCCUACAAAUAUUAGGCCUUGACCAAAACAACUUACGUAACCAUGCAAGUGUAAGCAGUACAUCCAGAGCUAUGUUUGGAUACAUGCUUCUAUCAAAACGAGGUGUAGGAGGUGAUUUAAUCACAGAAGAUGAAAUUUCGAACUCGUUGUAUGAGAUGGUGAACCUCAUAGCUGGACCUGGUCACAACCUUCCCACUCCAUUCCCCAUGCUCCCCAAACCAAAUGUUGAUUCUUUCACAACUGCCAUCCCUGCAACAACAACUGUGGAUCAACAAACAACAGCAACAACAACUGUCCACCCACAAGUGCAACAAUCAUUGAGUGCGAUUUCAAACUACAGUGAGCAAAUCACAUGUCAAGUUCCAAACUUCUACAAAUACAACUACGACUCAGUGAAUCAAAUUAGUGAUGGUGGCUUCGAUAUGUAUGAUGGUGGAAACCAGAUUUACUUUGGAAAAGGGCAGCAGUUGUUUAGAGCAAGUUACAACCAAACUUCAAACUUUGGAGAUUACACAUUUUCAACAUUGGCUACUUACCCAUUCACUGCACUGAUGUGGAUUGAUGGGAAUACCAAUGGACAGAAUUACACCAUUGAGGUUCGAUCAAACGCUGGUGCGGAUGGUUCUGGAUUAACAGCAAGGAAUUCUGGUUGGUUGUAUCCAAAUGGUUACAUCAUUCAUUUUGAAUCAUUUCAAAUCUACAGCACACAAGAACCAACUAUUUGUGAAGUUUAUUUCCAAAUAGAGCACAGUACUUGGGGUUCAAAUUUCCGCACAAGGGUCAUCUUACAAAUAUUAGGUAAUGGUCAAAACAACUUACGUAACCAUGCAAGUGUAAGCAGUACAUCCAGAGCCAUGUUUGGAUACAUGCUCCUAUCAAAACGGGAUGUAAGAGGUGAUUUAAUCACAGAAAAUGAAAUUCGGAACUCCUUGUAUGAGAUGGUGAACCUCAUAGCUGGACCUGGUCAUAACCUUCCCACUCCAUUCCCCAUGCUUCCCAAACCAAAUGUUGAUUCUUCCACAACUGCCAUCCCUGCAACAACAACUGUGGAUCAACAAACAACAGCAACAACAACUGUCCACCCACAAGUGCAACAAUCAUUGAGUGCGAUUUCAAACUACAGUGAGCAAAUCACAUGUCAAGUUCCAAACUUCUACAAAUACAACUACGACUCAGUGAAUCAAAUUAGUGAUGGUGGCUUCGAUAUGUAUGAUGGUGGAAACCAGAUUUACUUUGGCAAAGGGUCACAAUUGAAUCGAGCUUAUUACAACCAAACUUCUAACUUUGGAGAUUACACAUUUUCAACAUUGGCUACUUACCCAUUCACUGCACUGAUGUGGAUUGAUGGGAAUACUGAUGGACAGAAUUACACUAUUGAGGUUCGUUCAAACACUGGUGCGGAUGGUUUUGGAAGAACAGCAAGAAAUUCUAGUUCGUUGUUUCAAAGUGGUUACGUCAUUCAUUUUGAAUCAUUUCAAAUCUAUGGCACACAAGACCCAACUAUUUGUGAAGUUUAUUUCCAAAUUGAGUCCUUUUUCUGGCAAUCCAGUUUUCGUUCAAGAAUCAUCUUACAAUUAUUAAGCAAUAACCAAGACAACUUACGCAACCAUGCAAGUAUAAGCAGUACAUCCAGAGCCAUGUUUGGAUACAUGCUUCUAUCAAAACGGGAUGUAAGAGGUGAUUUAAUCACAGAAAAUGAAAUUCGGAACUCGUUGUAUGAGAUGGUGAACCUCAUAGCUGGACCUGGUCACAACCUUCCCACUCCAUUCCCCAUGCUCCCCAAACCAAAUGUUGAUUCUUCCACAACUGCCAUCCCUGCAACAACAACUGUGGAUCAACAAACAACAGCAGCAACAACAACAACAACUAAUUUUGCCACCGUCAAGGCCAUUGUUUUGGCUUUGAAUGCUUCCUCUGACGUUAUCACAGCUACGCUACCCAACUUUCAUCACUACACUUAUGAUGGUUCGUCCACAUCCAUUAGCGAUGGUGGCGGCGAUAUGUAUGACGGUGGUAAUGAGAUACAAGUGUUAAACGGAACAGGAUCUGUCACAGUUAAUUACGGCUUCAACAAUACAUUUGGGAAUGACGAGUAUCAAGCAGCGAACAUCCCUGGGCAUCCAUUCCAACUAGGAAUAUGGGUCGGCAAUGAGAGAAGAACUCUGAAUACACUUCAGAUUAGAGUGACUUCGGAUUUUGGAGCAGACGGCAGCGGGUCAGAAACAACACAGUCCGGUAACGUAGAACUUGAAAAUUUCCAACUCACCUACAAGGCUAGACAGAUCUAUAAUGCCGGUGACCCCAGUGUUUUAGAAGUGUAUUACGUUGUUAACAACACCCAGCAAUGGUCCUCUAAUAAUGACUGGUCUUUUACACUUACUGUUGGCAUUUCUGGAACUGCUCGAGAUCAAAACACAGCCAUGCUUAACAGCAUGAGCAACGUGUUUUUCGGCUAUACUUUAUUGUCAGCGAGAAAUGGUCGGUUCACAUCGAGUACAGAACUUGCUGCUGUAAUGAGAGAAUAUCUUCAAAUCAUUUCUGGUAUCCCAGAUUCAUCUGCUUAUGUAGAGCGUUCUGUGCAAGCCAUCUCAAACUUCAAUCAACAAAUUACUGACCAAGUUCCUGAUUUCUACAACUAUAUAUACGAUUCAGUUGACCAGAUUUCUGAUGGUGGGAAUGACAUGUAUGAUGGGGGGAACCAGAUUUACUUUGGACAAGGGCGAUCACUACAAAGAGCUGUAUACAAUCGAACUUAUAGCUUGUCAGGUCACUUUUUUGCAACUUCGGCCAUUCACCCAUUCACUGCAUUGAUGUGGGUUACUGGCAAUGAAAGAUCAGACAACUACACCAUUGAGGUUCGUUCAAAUCUUGGGUCUGACGGCAAUGGACUGUUGACAAGAUUUUCUGGUUCCAUGUACCUUAAUAACUACUUGGUCAUGUACAGAACCUUCCAAGUUCACGGUGCAUCUGACCCCACUGUUUGUGAAGUUUUCUUUCUUAUUUCAAGUCCCACAGUUUUACAAUCCUCUUUUAAUCCUUCAUUGAACUUGGAAGUUACAACCACAAAUCAAAAUGGUCUUAUAAAUCGUGCCAAUGUGCCUGGCAGCACAAGAAACACCAUGUUCGGUUAUUUACUCUUAUCAAGGAAAAAUGGUAAAUUUAUCUCAGAACUGGUGGUAAGAAAUACCAUUUAUGAAACAACCAACCUUAUUAUGGGUCCUGGCUUUGGCUUAACCACCCCCUUCCCUCCUCUACCCCUACCAAACAAUAACACCACCCCUUCAAGCACAACAGAAGCUGUUACUGGAUCUCCAGCCACAACAGCUGCUUCAAUCUACCCUCAAGUGCAACAAUCAUUGAGUGCGAUUUCAAACUACAGUGAGCAAAUCACAUAUCAAGUUCCAAACUUCUACAAAUACAACUACGACUCAGUGAAUCAAAUUAGUGAUGGUGGCUUCGAUAUGUAUGAUGGUGGAACCAGAGAGACCGGCGGUUCAGCCAUUUCUCCGCUGCCUGUAAUUCCACCAUGCCUUGAUCUGACACAGAUUAAGUGCAAGCAUGCUUCACAAUUUGUUUGUAACUCGGAUGUCAACCAAUGUCAGUUCUGCUACUGCCUUGACCACCUCUAUAAAGGUCUCACAGCUGAGCUAAUGGAGCCUUGGAAAAAGGAUUUUUAUAAUUGGGAAUCUUUUACAUCCAAAUGGGAGAUGGCAUUUGAUGAAUAUGAAACUAACAAUGAGAUUUAA